AUGCCCAAAUCCUGCUGUUCCUCUUGCAGCCAGCCUUCCUGCUGCAGGUCCACCUGCAGUAAGUCAACUAGUGUGACUAGCUGCUGCCAGCCCUGCUGCCAGCCAAGCUGCUGUGAAACUACCUGUUGCAAGACUACCUGCUGUAAGCCAAAAUGUGUAGCCAGCUGCUGUAGCACACCCAGCUGCUGUAAAACGACUUGCUGCAAGAGCACCUGCUGUAAGCCAACCUGUGUAACCAGUUGCAGCUGCACACCCAGCUGCUGUGAAAGCAGCUGCUGCAAGAGCACCUGCUGUAAGCCAUCCUGUGUAACCAGCUGCAGCUGCACACCCAGCUGCUGUGAAACCAGCUGCUGCAAGAGCACCUGCGGUAAGCCAACCUGUGUAACCAGCUGCAGCUGCACACCCAGCUGCUGUGAAACCAGCUGCUGUGAGAGCACAUGCUGUAAGCCAACCUGUGUAACCAGCUGCAACUGCACACCCAGCUGCUGUAAAACCAGCUGCUGCAAGAGCACCUGCUGUAAGCCAACCUGUGAAACCAGCUGCAGCUGCACACCCAGCUGCUGUGAAACCAGCUGCUGCGAGAGCACCUGCUAUAAGCCAUCCUGUGUAACCAGCUGCAGCUGCACACCCAGCUGCUGUAAAACCAGCUGCUGCAAGAGCACCUGCUGUGAUCCAACCUGUGUAACCAGCUGCAGCUGCACACCCAGCUGCUGUGAAACCAGCUGCUGCAAGAGCACCUGCUGUGAUCCAACCUGUGUAACCAGCUGCAGCUGCACACCCAGCUGCUGUAAAACCAGCUGCUGCAAGAGCACCUGCUGCAAACCAACCUGUGUAACCAGCUGCUGCACACCCACCUGCUGUAAAACCACCUAUUGCAAGACCACCUGCUGCAAGCCAACCUAUGUAACCAGCUGCUGCUGUACACCCAGCUGCUGUAAAACCACCUGCUGUAAGCCAACCUGUGUAACCAGCUGUUGCUGUACCCCUAGCUGCUGUAAAACCACCUGCUGCAAGACCACCAACUGUAAGCUGUUGACCGAGGUUUUCUACCCUGCCCAGUUCCCAUAA